AUGCAAGUACAGCAGAUCCAGCGCCUGGGAGUGCGAGGGCGCGCCUCGAGCGAGUGUGUUGUGUUGCCCUCAGGCGCCAGCCACUGCAGCCGGCGCGGGCGCCGCGGGCGGCGCCGGGGGCGGCGGGGCGCGCGGCGCGGGCGGCGGCGGGCGCGCCGGCGCCUCUUGGGCGCCGGGGCGGGCGGCGCCGACUCGGCGGCGUCGUGCGCCUACCUGGCGUCCAUCGAGAGCCUGGACGACGCCAGCGACGACGACGAGGACGCCGCCGCCGCCGCCAGGGCGCACCGCGCCGCGGCCGCCGGAUCGCACGGGUCCGGGGACAGCGGGCGCUGCUCGCCGGGCCGCGCCGGCGCCGCCUUGCCCUACGCGCAGCGCGUCGUGGCCGAGGUGCUGGACUCGGAGCGCGUCUACGUGCGGGACCUGCGCCAGGUGGUCGAGUCACAUUCCUGCCGUGAGACAUAUUUAGCUCUAAUCGUACCUGUGCCUGUGCCUGUGCCUAUAUCUAUGCCUAUGCCUAUGCCUAUGCCUAUGCCUGUGUAUAUGCCUGUGCCUGACGUCUCCGUGGACAACUCUGUGCUGCAUUGCUAUUCUAAAACGUUCUCCUCAAAGUUGUGUGAUGUACAGUUGGGAUUAAAAUAUGUAAUUCAUUCUCCUGCCUUAUUUCACACCCGUAGUACAUGA